AUGAAUUUCAUUCUGUUAAUCCUCGGCUUGUUGCUGUGUACGGCAAAUGCACUCAAUAGAAAACAGAAGAAACUUAUGCGUGAGAACUUUCUCGGAAAUGGACGUAGGACUAUGGCUGAGAUGAACAAGGUUCAUAGAAAGCUUGAACAACUUCGUAAAACUACUGCAGAGGUGAUACGACAGAAUGAAGAACCUUUUUUCCUGCUUAGUAAUGAUAAUGAGAUUAAUCUCCCGAAACAACCGAAACACGCUAUGAAUGAAUUGAUGAUCAACAAGAAUUCUAUUCUACAGGAGUAUUUGUACCAAGGUGACAUUGCUCUGACUUCUGAGCAGAUCGAUGAAAUUUAUCGAGGAAAGGAGAGAAUGAAGCGACUUGCUAUCAAGGAUGCUCGUUGGCCUACCAGCAAAUGGCCCAACAACACCGUUCCAUACUAUUACGAUGCUUCAUUGCCUACAAAAACUCGUCAACGCGUUCGAGAAGCUAUGCAGUUUUGGGAAGCAAAUACCUGCAUCCGCUUCAGAGAAGAUCGCCGAGGCCAUCCAUCGUUGAGACUGUUCUUUGGCUAUGGAUGCUGGAGUUACAUUGGACGUCAAGCUCAAUGGACUUCUCAAGAUGUUUCACUUGGACAGGAUUGUGAACUUCAUUUCGGAAUUUUGACACAUGAGCUGAUGCAUUCAUUAGGUUUCUUCCAUGAACAUGCGAGACCCGAUCGAGAUGAUUACAUUUAUUUGAAUUCAAACAACAUUCAGAGAGGGAGAUCGGAUCAGUUCAGAAAAGAACUUCUAACCCACAAGACCGAAACGGUUCCAUAUGAGUAUGGAAGUGUUAUGCAUUAUCCCACAGACCUCUUCGCAAGAGACAAAAGCGUUCCUGUUAUCUAUCCAAAAGAUGUUCGUCAUGUCAACACUAUGGGGCAAAGGAACCGUCCAUCUUUCCUGGAUAUCAAGCAAGUUAAUGAUCUAUAUGAAUGUCAUGACGCUUGCAAUGUCACCCUUACUUGUCUCCACGGAGGGUAUCCACAUCCUAACGAUUGUACCAAGUGCUUAUGUCCCCAAGGCUUUGGUGGAAUUGAUUGCAGUGAUAUAGAGGAACCAAGUUCAAACAACAAAGAAUGUGGUGGAACACUUUUAGCAACGGAUGAGUGGCAAACUUUCAGUGGCUCUGUGACAGCAAAUGCUGCUCGAUAUGAUUUCAUGUUUUCCACGGAAAAAUGUUAUUGGCAUUUCAAGGCUCCCGAAGGAAAACGUAUUUCUAUACGUUUCCAAGAGCUUCAUACCGCUUGUGUGACGGCUUGCACAUACAAUAGCGUUGAAAUCAAAACUAAAGAUAUGGCAAUGACAGGAAACAGGCUCUGUUGUCAGGAAGACAUACGUUCUUCUUUUGUGAGCGACGACAGCAUCGCUGUUGUCGGAGCAUUUUCCCGCAGUGGAAUUACAUCCUUCAAACUGCAGUUCUUAGCAUACUGA